CAAAUCAAAAGUAAAAGAAUCAUCUCCAAGAUCGAAGACCCAGCUCUCAAAAGUCUCCGCAAAUAAUUUCUCUCUACCAUAUCACAGGGCGAUUUUUUUUUUCUGCACUGGGCAAAAAACCAUUAAUAGACCUGGAAGAUUUUCCGGUGACUUCCAAAUCGCUGAAGAGUCUAACAGCUGCUAUGUCUCAGGAGAUUGAAAAGUAUCUACUGAAGAAACUCGGAGAAGGCCUUGAAUCUCCUAAAGUUCCCUUAGCUAAAGAAUUCGAAGAUCUCAAGGAGUUGCUUAGUACAAAGCUUGAUUCUUGCUCUUCUUCAGAUGUCCCCGUACUCAGAGCAUAUCUCUACUCCCUCAACGACGUUUUCAGUGAAUGCCAGGCACUUUCAGGCAAGAAUACUCUACUUUCACCCACUGUCUUUAAAAUUAAGCAGAAUUUGUCAAAGAUCAAGGCAGAGAUAGAAAAUAUUAAACCCUCCGACGACAACAAUCCAAAUGGAAGCCUUGAUACACCCCAGAAUAAUGGCCAACUCCAAGCGAGCUUAUCUGAUGCUAGAGAAUUUCAUCGCUUGAGUUCUCGCUCUGAGGCUCCACCAAAGGUUUAUGGGUUCGAUGAUGAAAUAACGCAUCUAGAGAAAUUGCUGGUUCGACGAGGGAGUAUUGAUUAUUUCAAGACAGUUGGAAUUGUAGGAAUGAGAGGUGCUGGGAAAACCACACUAUGCCAACUUAUUCUGACCAAACCAGAAGUGAAGAACCACUUUGUUCCCAGGAUUUGGGUUCACAUGUCAACGAAGGACAACGAAGAAGAUAAUGAUCCGAAGAUAGCAAUUGUGAAAAGAAUGUUAAAUUCUCUUGGAGUCGAAGGGGAGAUGUUGAAAACCAUUUUAGACGAGCAUGGCCUUGCUGGGUUACUUUGUGCUCUUCAUGUGGAGUUGAUGCGCAAGAGGCAUCUGAUCGUGUUGGAUGAUGCGCAGGAUACUGGAGACUGGUACAGCAACUUGAAUGCUUCACUACCUCGCCAUGUUAAGUGGGAGCAACACCUUGCUUAUGGGUUGCCAAAGGGCUAUGGUGGAACUGUCAUCGUCACAAGCAGGAAUGAGGAAGUUAUGAAGAUGAUGGUUGGGGAAGAGAACAUAUAUCGCCUUCUGCCUCUUUCAAACAAAGACCUCUGUUGGGACAUAUUUAGAGACGAAGUUGAACAGGAAAGGAAACCAUUCCAGCCACGAAAUGAGGAGGAGCUGAAAAGGGAAGUCAUACAGAAGUGUGCUGGGGUUCCAUUGGCAGCAAAAAUGAUGGGGAAGAUAAUGAGAGAAGGGAUUAGAGAUGGAUCUGUGACUCUUCAGACCAUUCAAACACAGAUAUCAACAGACAGCCUUUCAAUCGGUCAAUGAUUAUUGUAGAUAGCCAUGUCCUCAUUUCUGUUCAUAAAUCUUUGGUUUGCACUGCCAUUUCUGUUUGAAAUCAAAUAAAAAGCCUCCCACUGAUUUAUCCUCGAACUUCAUUUUGUAAGUAAAAACCUGAAUGACCAAGAGAAGAAAAACUAUCGAGUCGUAAAUCAAAUUAGGAAAGGGAGGCAGCCAGUAUAAUCAGUAGGAUAUGCAUAGUAUAGAUGCCUCUGUAGUGUAAAUCUUUCCCCAGCUUGAUCUUACUUCUUGAGCAGUAAUGGGUUCUUGCAAAUUUCCUCUCUUUUCACA